CUCACCCCCUCGCAGCCGACAGCCGGCAGGUCUAGAUAAAAGGCAGAGACGUCCCUUGAGCCGAGUAAGCACGUUAAGUCCUAUGAGUUCGCACCCACCCCUGAGACGACAAGGUGUAUGAGCCGCAAUCACGAACAUAUUCAGCUUGUGAAGCGGGAGCAUUCCCCGUCAACAGGGUUCUAUCUCCCUGUCUACAAGCUCGACAUGGCUGAAGAUGAUGAGCCAAACACUCUCGGCAGGACUUUUAUAAGACCGGUAGUCCCUGCUUUGGGUGUAGGCACCGCUACAGGAAUAUUGGGCGCCGCAUAUGGAGGUGUCGCUGGUACUCUUAUAGUAACUCCUAGGCCACUGCUAUAUACUACGAUAUCCGGGGUACAAUGGUUCUGUGCAGGAACAACAUAUUUCUACUGCCGUAGGGUUCUGCUUGGAGACCCUAAAUCUCGACAUGGAUCACUAGAACUCGUUGCUGCGAGUGGCCUCGCCGGGUCCUGUGCUGGAGCAGUCGCUGGAUCCUUCUUACGGCGUGGUGCUGUAAUACCUGGGACCAUGAUUUUUGGGGCCCUUGCAGCCGUCUCGCAAGCAGGAUUGAAUACUACGGGAGGUUUCUUCAAAUUCGAUUUCAAACAGUUCCCCUCACGACUUCAACAAGGCAUUGCUGGCCUGGUUCCGAUGAAGUCUCUUUCCGACAAAGAGUACGGAGACAUGCUCCUUCACAGACUUCUCAAGAUUGAGGCGGAAAUUUCAAUCUUGGACGAUCAAAUUGCCGACCUACGUGCAGCCAGCAAACAGCAGAUGCCAGAUCGAAUCCAACAACCACAACAAAAAUCUAAAGAUACCUCAAGCUGAAACGAAUUGUGGCGCCUAUCAGAAUGACAGAGGGUACCGAGAUCCCACCAUUAGCUUAGUGGCCACGAGGUGAGUUCGUCGUGGCAACCAAGUGACAAGGCGAGCUCCCAAGCUACAAUGCCGGGCUAUCAGGAGCAGGAAAAUGGCCGGGCUGAUAUGAUAAAAACAAGUCUGGUGUCCCAAAUCCUUGAGAUCUGUAUUACAGAGCAGGCAUCCCUAUCGACGUGCGUCAAAGAUGUUGAAAGGACACGGUCGGUACGCCGUACCAGUGGCAGAAGCCGUCUCACAAUGAGGAUGCAGAAGGUCUACGAAAUUGUCCCGUGAAGUGAAUGUGGUGGAGAGUGGCUAUGUCAAACGCCCAUCAUCUUGGGGUUCAUAGAGUGGGUUGAGUGCUGUGGUGAAGUUGAUAGGAUGGAAGCCUUGUGGAAGCAGCUCCUGGAAGUGAGGAGUCAAGCAUUUUUGGUAGCACAGGCCCUGAUGGGCCUAAGCAUAUUUCAGCAUUCUCGCC